AAAUAAUUUUAUGAUAACCUAAACAUGUAACGUUGUAAUAAAAAAAUUCGCGAAGUGUUACCAUAAAAUAGCUCAGUUUCUUCUCGGUGGCCGUCUGCGACGAACGUAAAGCACAAUGUCUGUUAAGAACGCAUUUGAGACGAGCAAGAUAGUUCCUGAUGUCAUCCCAACCGCACCAACAGCUCUCAUUGGGUUGAACUACCAAAGUGGCGCGGUCGCGAACCUGGGCAAUGAAUUGGCCCCUACAGUGGUGAAGGACCAGCCCACAGUCACCUAUGACGCUGACCCUAGCGCCUACUACACUCUCGUCUUCACCGACCCGGAUAAUUACGAUGGUCCUGAACCGGUCUACCGUGAGUGGCACCACUGGCUUGUCGGUAACAUCCCCGGUAACAAAGUAGACCAGGGCGAGGUCCUGUCCGGGUACAUUGGUUCCGGACCACCGGAAGGCACUGGUAUUCACAGAUACGUCUACAUCUUGUACAAACAACCCGGAAAAAUCGACUUUGAUGAGACCAGAUUGACCAACAAGUCUAUCGACGGUCGCGCCGCUUUCUCCACCAAGAAGUUCGCUGAGAAGUACAACUUGGGAGCGCCAGUCGCCGGCAACUUCUACCGCGCACAGUUUGACGACUACGUACCUCUGUUGUACAAGAGCUUGGGUGUUUAAUUCUUAAUA